AUGCAACGGUUCAGGAACAUUUCGGCGGUCGGCCGUCGUUUCCUAUUUGAUUAUGAACCGUUCGCGUCGAAAAGUAAGCCUUACUCACUUGUGCGCAACGCAGAUGCGAAACUGCCGAAAAACGUUCGCGCUUACAGCCAAGGGGGCUGUGAAAACGAAGCAACGACAUGUCCCCCCUUCAAUCCGUGCCCACCGCCCAUUCCGAUAAACUAUUGCAGGCCAAGAACCAAAUAUGACGUUAAGUUCGUCUACAUAAACAGUGAGCCACCCUCCACCCGCAUGCCAGAUUUCGUGGAUCGAGUUGCCCAAACAUUGUUCUGGACGGAACUCAUUAGAGGCUUUGCGGUUACACUGGCACACAUAUUCAAGGAGCCCGCGACGAUUAACUACCCAUUCGAGAAGGGGCCAAUCUCGCCGCGCUAUAGGGGCGAGCACGCGCUCAGGCGGUACCCGUCAGGCGAGGAGCGUUGCAUCGCUUGCAAGCUGUGCGAAGCCGUGUGCCCCGCUCAGGCGAUCACCAUCGACGCCGAGGAGCGCUGCGACGGCUCCCGUAGAGCCACCCGGUACGACAUCGACCUCACGAAGUGCAUCUUCUGCGGCUACUGUCAGGAGGCGUGCCCCGUUGACGCCAUCGUCGAGGGCCCCAACUUCGAGUACUCGACGGAGACGCACGAAGAGCUGAUCUACAACAAGGAGAAGUUGUUGGGUAACGGCGAUCGCUGGGAGCCGGAACUCGCAAGCGGUAUCAGGGAUAACCAUCUCUACCGU